UCCAUUUCUACCUGCUUCUGGGGCUCGGUGGUUGGGUCACUUUCCACACAUGAACAACUAAAGCGCCACUUCUGAACUUGGUGUGAUCUCUCACCUCUUCUACCAAAACCCUGCCCACAGGUUAAGUGUGUAUGGAGCAGUGCGAGAGCGCAGCGGCUCUGCUGGAGUCGGUCAGGGAGCAGGAGGUGCAGUUUGAACAGCUGACCAGGGCGCUGGAGGAGGAGAGGAGGAGAGUGGGCCUCCCCGCCACUAGCCCCUCAACCUUGGGUCGUCCCCUCCCUCACACACAGAACGGGCGUUUAGGGGAUGCAGACAUAGAACGACUGAAGCUGACAGACACGUAUAUAAACGGCACACAGUACAGGAUGGUGGACCCUGCACAUGGCGCUCUAGAUGAGAGCUACACGCCAGAGGAUGAAUCUCAGGAAGUGCAUUCAGUCUUUUCCGAAGAAGGAACCACGCGGCGGAUGGACAAUGGGAUGAAGAAACCGAUAUCGCGCACAGUCCUGCCUACUGAGUCAUUGUCCAUCGAUGGGGGCUUGUCAGUGCCUGGUAUGGGCGUCUACAGCGCCACAUUGGACCGUCCUUACAGGCAGCCUGGUGGAAUGGACUACCCCACUGCUACAGUACCCAGAAACUACCACUAUGGUCCUGUGGGUGGUUACGAUGACUAUCGCGGAGGUCUGCCAUCAGAGGCCUACGCUAGUCUGAGCAGGGGUUCACACAUGGAUGAUCGCUACAGGCCAAUGGAUGGCUACAGGACUCUGGACUCUGGCUACCGGGCUCCGAGCCGCCAGCAGCUCGACCCGUACGCAGCACAGCCCCAGGUGGGUCGGGGAAUGAGGGCCAUGGGCUCUGCGAUGGAGAUGCGGUAUGGGCACGGUCACUAUGGUUUGGAGGAUGAUCAACGUAGCAUGGGAUAUGAUGAAUAUGGAAUGGGGCCUCCACCUAUGCACCCUGGAGGCUAUGGUACCAUGCCACGCCUGGGACCGGGGCCUGGGGGUAUUGAUAGACGAAGACUGAGGAGCUGCGAGGACACUUUGGACAGUGACAUAGGCAGCGUUGAGCCAUACGCCUGGGCCGUCCCGAUGACAAUGGAGAGAGGAAGCAUGGCUUCUCUGGACAGCACAUUGAGAAAACCUCCUACUUCGUGGAGACAGCCAGAGCUUCCGGAGGUUAUCGCCAUGUUGAAUUACCGCCUGGACCCUGUCAAGACCAACGCUGCUGCCUUCCUCCAGCACCUCACAUUCAAAAAUGACAAGGUUAAAUCAGAGGUGCGCCGCCUAAAGGGCAUCCCAGCUUUGGUGUCGAUGCUGGACCAUCCUAGUAAGGAUGUGCAUCACUCAGCCUGCGGGGCUCUGAAGAAUAUUUCAUAUGGACGAGACCAAGACAACAAAAUCGCCAUCAAGAACUGCGAUGGCGUACCUGCUCUGGUUAGAUUACUGAGGAAAACGCACAACCAGGAUCUCACAGACACUAUCACAGGCACCUUGUGGAACCUUUCAUCCCACGAUUCGGUUAAGAUGGAGAUUGUGGACCACGCCCUGCAUGCCCUAGUUGACGAGGUGAUUGUUCCACACUCAGGCUGGGAGAGAGGGAACAGCGGAGGAGGAGAAGAAAGCUGCAAACCACGCCAUAUGGAGUGGCAGACCGCCUUGACCAACACUGCUGGCUGCCUUAGGAAUGUGAGUUCAGAACGCAGCGAGGCCAGGCGAAAGCUGAGGGAAUGCACGGGGCUGGUGGAUUCACUUAUGUACAUGGUCCAGUCACAGAUCAACUGCAAAGAUGUGGACAAUAAGCUGGUGGAGAACUGCGUCUGCCUUCUGAGGAAUCUGUCCUAUCAGGUUCACCGUGAAAUCCCCGGCUCUGAACAAUACGCAGAGGCCAUACCUGUCAACCAGGGCCCAGCUCCAGCCAGUAAGGGCGGCUGCUUUGGCUCUAGAAAAGGCAAAGAUGAGUGGUUUUCCAAAGGAAAGAAGGAUGUAGAUGAUGGAAGUGCAGAUAUGGUUGAUAUUCCAAAGAGAACGACACCUGCCAGAGGUUAUGAGCUUUUGUUCCAGCCUGAAGUGGUUCGUGUUUACACGUCACUGCUCAAAGAGAGCCAGAACCCAUCGGUGCUCGAGGCUGCUGCCGGCGCCAUCCAGAACCUGUGUGCUGGCCGGUGGACUUAUGGUCGGUAUAUCAGGGCAAAGGUGCGUCAUGAGCAGGGACUCCCCAUGAUGGCAGAACUGCUGGCUCAUGGCAAUGAUCGUGUGGUCCGUGCAAUGUCUGGAGCUUUGAGGAAUCUUGCCAUUGACAACCGAAACUGUGAACUGCUAGGUUUGCAUGCAGUGCCUCACCUUGUGGCCAACCUGCCUGGAGCCCAGAAUCAGUCUGGGCGUAAUCUAUCCGAGGAGACAGUUGUGUCUGUACUGAGCACGCUCAGUGAGGUGCUAGGCAACAGAUUGGAGCCAGCAAAGGUCCUUCGAGAGAAACGAGGCAUCGAGAGCCUGGUGCUAAUCAACAAAGAUGGCAAGCGCUCUGAUCGCGAAGUGCGGGGGGCGAGCCAGGUCCUGCAGCUCGUCUGGGCUCACAAGGAACUGCGCCGACCUCUUGAGAAAGACGGCUGGAAGAAAACGGACUUCAUGGUUAACAUUAACCCAGGCACCACUACCACUAACGGCCCGAGCACUCGAGCUAACGGCACCUAUGAAGACAGCACUACACCCCUCCUGGACAGAGGGGAAAAGAGGGACAUGAUUCCCCUGAAUGACAUUGGCCCUGAGGCCUACUCUACACUGGACCAGAAAGAAAGGAGACACACUCUGGAUGAGACCACAGACACUUUACCGCGAGGGGUGUAUGGGGGCAGAAAGGGCUCCCUGCCUCUAUUGGACUCCUACGAUGGUUAGCCCUCCCCCAUCCCCUCUACCCCCCUCUGCAUGUAACAGCAUG